GAAUUUCCGGUAUUCGCUCGGUUGCUGCGUAAACUGGGCCCACAAAAUCUGUACACUUGUCUGGCAAACUUUCAUCUGCUCGCUUGGCUGGCCAAUUACGACCAGUUACCACUUGCUUUGCACGAAGAGAACGGACAUUGGGUGGAAGAGCCACAAGGAAUCACCGGUCUGUUGGAUGCAAUCGCCUUGGCUUCACGCGCUAACGAAGAUGACCAACCAUCUGUGCCGGCCGAGCAACGCAUCAAAUUGGCCUCAAGUGCCGUGUCCAAAUGGGCCGGGGAAUCGUCUGCUUGGGCGACAGUGAAUGAAUUGGUCCGGGCCAGCGAUUCAACACCCAGUCCCCCACCGCAUAUCGGAUCGACCGGUUCCAGUGUUUCAGGAUCUCAUAAUGUUUCCACCUCCGUCGAUCCCACUCUGGGGUCUACUCGUGGACGGGAACCCGCUCAUUCCAAUACAGAGAUAACGGACUCAAACUUUUGGGCCUGUCCCCACUGCACAUACCAUAAUGAGCUUGAAACACUCGAGUGCGAAAUGUGCGGUUUACCCAGACACGCAUGA